AUGACCUAUCAAGAUCCUCGCAAUGUGUCGACUGGCGGCAUCGGGAAGAUGCAGGCCUCUCUCAGUCCACUUUAUGGGCAAUAUGUUCCCAACAAACUCAAGUCACUCUACUACGGAUCUGAUGUAGUGAAGUUACACCUGCUCUCAUGCUUGCCAUCAGAAACGUCGAAAGCAUUCAUCAUCACGGGGACUUCGCUUGCCACAAGCACGUCCCUCAUCAAAGACCUCGAGGAGCUGCUGUCGCCGAAGCACCACGCUGGUACUUAUGCCGGCAUCAAGGCACAUUCUCCGCAGACCCAGAUUGAUGACGCAACUUCCAUUAUAUCCCAAGAUGAAUCAAUUGAUACAAUUAUCAGUGUUGGCGGGGGUUCGCCGAUGGAUAGUGCCAAGAAUAUGGUGUACCAGGUGCGCGAAGCCACCGGGAGGCUGUUGUCACAUAUCACGAUCCCAACAACAUUGUCCGCCGGGGAGUGCACGCCCGGCGCUGGCUUUACCAAGGAGGAUGGGGUCAAGGGGAUUCGGUUCCAUGCCGACCUGUAUGUCAGCUAUAUCUUCUAUGAUCCUAAGUUUGCGCUUCCGACGCCACCGACCUUGUGGCUGUCGACGGGCAUCCGAGCUUUAGAUCAUGCAGUCGAGACUCAGUACCAUCCAUCGGCCACCUGGAUCCCUUCUAAAAUGAUUGCACUCAAUGCAAUCGCUCAGCUGUUCCGCUUGCUGCCGGCAUAUGUGGCCAACCCAACCAAUGAAGACACGAUCACUGCUUGCUUCCUAGCAGUGUAUGCCAGCCUAGGUUUCUUCGGGCAGAAUAUCCAGGGCGGCCUUGGCUUGUCACAUUCCUUGGGCUACGCAUUGGGCUCGCCCUAUGGGAUUGGUCACGGCUACACUUCCUGUAUCAGCCUGCCACCAGUAGUGAAGCUGAAAGCAAGGGAAAGCAAGCAGAACGCAGCGUCGAUUGCAGCUAUUUUGCCGUUCAUUGGAGAAGAGCAGUCAGGGGAUGAUGUCGCGGAUGCGGACUUGGUCUCUGAAAGAAUCACUGGGCUCAUUGAACAGAUUGGGUUGAAGACCGACCUGACAGCCCAGGGGGUGAGCAAGAGCGAGGCAGAUAUUAUUGCUGCCCGGGCUACUCGCCUCCCGUUUGGCGGCGAGACCCCGGAUGAGAAACAACUUUGGAAGUCUGUUCGAGAGCUUGUCGAUACCCUCUGGUGA